CGUCAGUGCGUCGCGUGUCCCCGGGCCGGGCUGAUGGGGAAGGCGGCGGCGGCCUUGGGGGCCGAACUGGGCGUGCGGAUCGCGCUGUUCGCGGCCUUCCUGAUAACAGAACUUCUCCCUCCCUUCCAGAGGCUCAUCCAGCCGGAGGAGAUGUGGCUUUACCGGAAUCCCUAUGUGGAAGCAGAGUAUUUCCCCACCAAGCCCAUGUUUGUGCGUGGAGAACCGGCCCUUCCUCCUGACCCUCAAUGCGGCUCACUGAGCUUAAUGCUAGGAAGGGAAGGUCAUUGCAUUUCUCUCUCCACUGUCUCUGAUCCUCCUGGCCAAAUGUCUCAAGAAGGCAGACACGACAGACAGCAAACAAGCCUGCCUGGGCCACGCCCAGACUUCUUCUACCGCUGCUUCCCCGAUGGACAGGCUCAUCCGGACUUGAUGUGCACAGGAGAUAAGGACGUGGUGAAUGAGGGCCGUAAGAGCUUCCCUAGUGGACAUUCUUCCUUUGCAUUUGCUGGUCUGGCCUUUGCUUCCUUCUACCUGGCAGGGAAGUUACACUGCUUCACACCACAAGGCCGUGGGAAGUCUUGGAGGUUCUGUGCCUUUCUGUCACCUCUACUUUUUGCAGCUGUGAUCGCACUGUCCCGCACCUGUGAUUACAAGCAUCACUGGCAAGACGUACUAGCUGGAUCCAUGAUUGGCCUGACGUUUGCCUACGUCUGCUACAGGCAGUAUUACCCUCCUCUGACUGAUGCAGAAUGCCAUAAACCAUUUCAGGGAAGACUUGCACUGCCCACUGCACAGAAGAAGCCUGGUGAUCCUCAUCAUUUUGAUAUUUAGAAAUUGGAGCUACCUCAGUGGGGAACAGGUGAAUCAGCCCUUCUAACUGGACCACGCCCGAGACAAGAAUUUCUGACCUGUGUACCUCUGAAGUGGUACAGGCGAGGGCACAAGCACUUCAUUCUGCCUCCACAGGAUGAUGCAGUUGUGCCCCUGCUCAUCAUGAGGAGUCAAGAUUCUUUUUCACUACUGUUUGCCACACAUUCUGGUAAAAAGAUCUUUCAAUAGUCCUCCAACAGCUUAUGAAUCUGAUCCAUCAGAUUGGUAUCCCAAGAUCUACAGUGUUAUUUCAUUUAAUUUAAAUGCCAUUCUUGGAAGGAUCUUGUCACAAAGAAGCCUCUACAUAGCCCCACUUUAUCUUAGGAACUACAGUUAAUCAUCAAAACUUAAUUUCCAUUUCUCAUAGCUCAAAAUCUUUUUUUUUGUGAGGAAGAUCAGCCCUGAGCUAACAUCCAUGGCAGUCCUCGUCUUUUUUUGCUGAGGAAGACCGGCCUUGGGCUAACAUCUGUGCCCAUCUUCCUCCACUUUACAUGGGAUGCCGCCACAGCAUGGCUUGACAAGCGGUGCAUCGGUGCGCACCCAGGAUCCAAACCCGGGGCGCCAGCAGCGGAGCGUGCGCACUUAACUGCUACGCCACGGGGCCAGCCCCUCCCAUAGCUCAAAAUCUUAAAAUCUAGGGCACAACCAACUAAAUUAUUUUCAUUCUGUUUACUUUCUCUGUAACAAUUCCAUCAAGCCUUAAAUAGGAAAAUGUCCAAUUCUGGCUAAUUUACCACUGUCAUGCAUAUCUUAUCCGAGUCCAGCCAGAUAUUGCUGUCCAUUUUGAAUUCUGUGGGCAUAAAUGAUUUGUAGAAUUAUUAAGUAAAGAGAAUAAAAAAGAAAACGGUCAGGAGUGUGCUUUCAGUACUAACAAGUGAUGAUUAUUUCUACCUCAUUUGUUCUUCACUGUGCUCAUGAGCUUCUUCCCCUCCAUUCAUGACUGAAGAUCUGCCCAAAUACAUCAACUUUGCCAACUGGCUAAGGCAGGAAAGAAAAAUUGAGAAAAAUAACAGAUAUCAUUAUCUGGAGGACAAAUGAAUCUUUUUCCAUCCCUUCUUCACAAUGGGAUAUAAACAACAAUUAUGGGACAUCAUCAGAACUGAUACUAUAGGACCUACAACUUUCCCUUUAUUGUGAUUAUAUUUUAAAUAUGACCUUGUCUUAUGUAUUUCUUUUUAUAACAUAUUUUCAAUGUAUCUUUUUCCUUCAGUAAAUGUGAUAUUCAAAUAAAAUGAUGAAUUUGCUUUUUUUGUACUUAAAGUACCAUUCAAGAGCUGGAACAUUUCUAAAGUAAACAAUUGGAUUCCCCAUCU